AUGGCUUUGCUUAACAUGAAGUCAUCUACGCUUCGUCUACCUUCCUCUAUCGAUGCUUUACUCCCAGCUGACAUUGGUUUGGUUCCCGCAAAAACUAUUGCAUUCUCUUUCAGAUAUGGUAUGGAGAGUUUGAUACGCAAUCUCGUCUCUGAGAUUUCUGCCGCCGGAUCAGCUUCCCUUUUGACUAAUGUUAAAUGCGACAAGAUUGAAGUGAAUAGUUCAGGAGGCUUCACUUUGUAUGCAAAAAAAAUCUUGGAUAAUUCUCAUUUGGAGUUAAACGUUGAUUCUUUAUUCAUGUGUCUACCUGCCUAUAAGGCCGCAGGUCUGCUUUCUGGCCAUUUAUUUCCCGACGAGCUGCUCGAUAAAAUCCGAUUAACCUCGCUACCCUGGGCUAAUGUUGCCGUCGUGGUUCUCGAAUUGGACGGUCACGUUCCUCCACCCCAUCUGGGUUUUGGCCAUUUGGUACCUCGUUGUGAGGAUUUAAUCACUUUGGGUGUGAUUUAUGACUCUGUCUGUCUCCCUCAUAUGGACGCCACUAAAACUAUUUCUACUCGAUACACCGUCAUGAUGUCACCGCCUGCAACUUGGAUGGACCAAUUUUUUUCUGCUUCGGAAAAAAAAACAUUGCCUAUUGGCCUGGCUGAUGAGAUGGAAGUUUUUGCUCUUUCAGUUCUGACUCGCCAUCUAGGAAUCCAAAAUCCUCAGGUUUUGGGGCGUCAGGUCAGCAUUUUGCCUAAUUGUAUUCCACAAUACCCGGUUGGGCACACUGAGAAUAUUGACCUAUUUCGUUGUGGGAUCAGAAGCUGCCUUCCUGCCCAUCUAGCUGAUCGGCUUAAAUUUGUCGGUAAUUCGUACGAUGGAGUUGGCAUUGCAGAUGUGGUACUGAGCUCUGUUAUGGCUGUUGACUCCAUCUUUGGAUGA